GACGCCUCGUCGGGCUCGCAGUUCGGGGCUUCCCAGCUGCUCGGGUCUUCUUCCACCGCGGAGGACCGCGCCCGCCUGCUGCGGCGGGUGGAGAUGUGCGCCAAGGCCCGAGAGGAGUCCACCAAGAUCAUGAGCCAGCGCUUCGCCCAACGCGACGCCGUCAAGAUGGAGACCAGGCGCGAGCAGCGGCGUCUCGCGGAAGAGUUCCUGAAGAACCAGCGGGCGCGCGACGAGCGGUGGUCGCGGAAGCUGCAGCGCAGCCCCUUCGCGGUGGACCUCGUCGCCGAGAACCAGCGGAUAGACGAGGACAACCGCGUCCGGGACCAUGUGGACCAGAGGAGGCAGCGGCUCAUGGAGAGACAGAGCCGCGAAGCGCACAACUCCAUCUUCAAGCGCAUCACUGCGGAGACCCAAACGACGAGCUCGAGAGGCUCCGCCGCGAGAAGCGGCUGCUGCUCGAGAACGAGCGGCAGCUCAAGGCGCCGCCGCGCCGGCGACGAGCGACGGCGGCGAGCGAGCGCAGGAGCGGCGGCAGCAGCAGUUCCGCAGAGAGCUGGCCGAGGCGACGACGAGCCAGGCGGGCUGGUCGGACCUCAAGUCGUCGAGGGGCGGCAGGGAUCGCCUUGA